AUGUUUUGUUUAAUAAAUGAUGAAAAAGGUAUGAAUGAAAUAUAUUCAACAUUAACAUUUAUCAUAUUUCAAUAUAACAAGAAAAAAUGUAUCAAACGUAUACUUAAUCCACUGUUUGAUGAUGUUAUUUUAAAUCUUGAAAAAUUACUCAAUUAUGAUAUUGAUGAAAUUUGUGAAAAUAUUAAUAUUGGUAAAUUAAUACAAGGUUCAGCAGAUUAUAUAUUUUUACAAGAACAAAAAAUAUCUUUAAAAGAAUUUAUUUCAAUUCUUCUCAGUCGGGUUAAGAACAUACUUUUACGUCGUGAUUCAAUUAAAAUAAAUAAAAACAAGUCUGAACCAAAAAUUAUUGAAAUAUUUCAAGUUUAUUGUGAAUCUUUAUAUCAUUCUAAAAUAUUUCAUUCAAUACUUUCACAAGUAUAUUCAAAUGUUGAUGAUCAUGAACAAGCACCAUCAUUAUCAUUUGACAAAAUCUGGUUAGCAUUUGAUUUAUUAGAUGAUGAUGAAUUAACAAAUGAUUUUAAACAAAAAUAUAUUGGCAAUAAAUUUGUUGAAUAUGAUACAAAAUUAAAAUUAUCAACUUGUUUACAUAGUGAAAUUCGAAUGAUAGAUUAUCUUAUUGAACAAAAUAUACAUGAAGUUGAUGAUUAUGAUAUAGAAAUUGGAAUAUCAAAAUUACCAUGUUAUAUUUGUUCAUUAUAUAUUGAAAAAUUAAAUGAAGAAUUCAAUCGAAAUUUUUAUGUUACUUCAAUAACUCAUGGAAAAAUUUAUCCAAAUUGGACAUUCAGAAAUAAUGAAAAUGAUAUUAUAAAGAAAGAUGUUAAUUACGAAUUAUAUACAUUAAUUGAAAAACAAAUAAAAGACUGGAUAGAAAUUAACAGAAAAAAAAUUAUUGUUAAUUAUAAGCCAACAAUAGAACUACAUGGUGACCAUGUCGACAAUCGAUAUGCGAAACGCAAGAACGAUUGUAUUUUAGAGAAGCAAUAA